AUAUAAUAAGGCCAUUUGGUAAAUGUCCAUCUAGAAAAAUACAUAUGAUCAUAUGAAAGAAGAGAAGGAAGAAGGUGCUCUCGUCAUAUGGGACUGUGGGAGUCCCUUGUAUGAUUCCUAUGAAUUGGCUUCACUUUCUCACCUCAUUGAUCGGCAUAUGAUGGCGCUGCCGUCUCCCGGUGGGUCAAUUCGGUAUGAUGUCCAGUCAAGACUGGACAGCGGCACCAUCACCACCACCACCACCGCCAUGAAGAUGAUGAAUUUCCGUGAAGUGGGUAUGUUGACCAAAUAUGCAGAAGGAAAAAUGUGGAAGAGAAAGAUGAUGAUCACAAGAGGAAGGAAAGAGAAACAAAACAAGCUCAAGAAUGGGUUUUAUAGAAUUUGUAGUGGGCUUUGUUUCAUGGAGAAGCAACAGAUAUUUGAAUGACGAAAAAGAGAGUAAAUGAGUUUUGCAAUACAGUUCUACAACUGACAUAUAAUCUGAUCAUAGAAUCGGAUAGAAUCGUUUUUAGAUGGAGUGAGAUUCACAAAUUGUAUUUGAUUGGAUGAUUAGAUUAUGUACACUUAGAAUUUAAAGUUGAA